AUGUCCGCCCUGCCAAUAACAGACGGCGCCGAGCGUCUCAAAAACCGCAAGCCGGUUCCCAAGAUGCCGCCGGCGUACCUGGCCACGUCGGCUGAUUCGCCGCUCAAGGUAGACAAAGAAUUGUACGCCGCUGCGCAGGGAGCACCGAGGGUUUUGGUGGAACAAUUUACGCUGCCGAUCCGGAGCGGGAGGGCGUGGAAGGUGCCCGCCGGGGGGAUUGUGAGGAUUAGCACGCCGGACGGGGGACAGGUUGGCGACCUCAAUAUCUGGAAUGCUCACAACCCACGCGAGCGCUUUUGGACAUCCCGCACAAAACAACUCCACGCCUCCCAUGUCUCUACUUACGACCGUCUGUGGUCCUGCCUGCCUUACAUGCGGCCGCUAGCCACCAUCAUCGCCGACUCUCUGUCGUGGUACGGCGUCGACGAGCACGGGGGAAGGGUGCAUGAUCUGUUGGGGACGCGGUGCGAUCCUUACAUCAACGCUGUGCUUUCCGAAGGCGGAGGGUACGAUUUUCACUGUCAUUCCAAUCUGGUUAGAGCGGUCUUGCCGUUUGGCCUCGAGGAGAGGGACGUACAUGAUGUGAUUAAUCUCUUCCAGGUCACGGGGCUGGAUGAGGCAGGGAGGUAUUUCAUGAAUCCUUGCCCGGCGGAGAGGGGGGAUUAUAUCGAGUUUUUGGCCGAGGGCGAUUUGUUGAUGGCUCUGAGCACCUGUCCCGGCGGGGACUUGUCUUUAUGGGGAUUUGGAAGUGAUAGUGAGAAGGAGAUGAUGAAGUGCUGUCGGCCGCUGAAAGUCGAGGUUUUCCGGCUCGAGGACGAGGACUUGUUACGGAAGGGCGGGUGGAAGCCGGCUGAGAUGGCUCCGUAUAAGGGGGUACAUGGAAUGGCGAUUCCGCGGGGCGAGCAUGAGAAGAAGACUUGA